AACCCUUGACCCAACCCCUGCGUCAUUUUGCCGGGAAUGCUGGACCACGUGUCUCCGGCCGGCGUGCCCGCUCCUCCGCUCAGCGAUUCAUUACUUUUCAUUCUCAAACGAGUCGGGCCAGGGAGUAUACUCGCAAGAUGGCGGCGCGGUGGGGAGCAGGCGAGGAGACUUUAACAGCGUGCAAUAUAGAGUUUUUCCCCAUGGAUACACUAGACGAGACUGCUGUGCUGAGCUCAGAAGAAACUCUGGAGGCCCUUCAAAGCUGCUUAGACCCCUCCAUUCUUUCUAUCUUUGAGGACACGCCAACAUUGGAGACUAAAGGACUAGACGGAGAAAGUGAAGCUACGCUGCUAACCGCCCUGACGGAGAUCCUCGACAAUGUGGACGAUGAGAACCUGUCCCCGUUCGACACACUGCCCGACUCAGACCUGCUGUCAGGUCAGAAGGGCAGAGAUCACUCUCCGCUCAGGAGAUUGCUGUGUCUGCCCCGUUCCCCUUCAGAGAAAGAUGCACUUUGUAGCACAAGACCCAUAUCAGCUGGAAAGAGCCUUCCCAGGAUGCACGCAGACUCUCUCCAGAGGAGUGAUGGGGAGGAAGAGGAAGAUGGCUCACUCACUUUGAGCCCAGUGGGGCAUGAUUCCUCUCUUGACAAUGACCUGCUGGACUGGAAAGAUCUGACCCUCCCGCUUCCCGUCUCCUUUGAGCAGGAGGGUGAAGAUGGUGUUUCAUUUAGCCUGGGAGACUUAGUCAGGCACAUGCACCCGUACUGUGUGACCAUUUGCGUGGAGAAUGACGAGGGGGAACAGAUGUUACCCGAAGGAGGAAUCUUACUUGAAGUUGUGGACCAGGGAGAAAAUGGAGAGCCAAUCCUGGCCAUCCCAGACAUGGAUCUCCCAGCCCCUGUGCCACACCAUGAAGUUUCAAAUGAGGCCGAAGACGUGGCCUCUGACACUUCGGAGCAUAUAGUCGUUGAUGGUGAUGAUGAUGUAACAGUCAGCGCGGCUCCAGUGAAGGUUGCAACCCCUGUGACACCAGACCUGAGUUCUGAUAUAAAAGAUGAAAUGAUCAUUAAAGGACAAAAGGAAGAGAUUAAAGCAAAAAGCCCCUCCCGGAGGAAAAAGAAAAGCAAGGAACAGCCCAAACCUGUGGAGGAAAGGGUCCUACGGAGUGGAAAAGUAAGAAGUACAGCACAGGAGUCACCCAAAAAGCCUGAAAAAAGGCCUGUCAAAGAAGAGAAGAAACACAAACUCCCAAAGGUUCCUCUUGCCUCAGCUGCUGUUUCUCCGUCUGUAAAACCGAAGAAACUAAAUCCAGGCCAGACUGAAAUCACCACUACAACGCUAUUGCCUGAAACGACUGUGCAAGUUGCCUCAUCUGUGCCACCCAGACAGAAAAUGACUCCAUUAAAUGCUAGCCCUGAGAAGACUCGGCCUCGCUGUUCGCCCACAUCAGUGAGCUCCCAACAGCCUCUUGAAAUGUCAAAACAGCCAGCCGGCGAGAGGCUGGAAGGCUCAUCAGCAGCGCUCUCUGCUGUCCUGCCUCCAGUGUCUUCAGAGAGCCCCGCAGCUGCUCCGACUCCUGUAACACCCCAGGCGACACCACCUGUUAGUGAGGCCCUGCCUCCUGUGGCCCCUGCAGUCUCAGAGGCAAAGCCCAAAUCACUCAGUCUAGCUGAGUACCGGAGGCUCAGACAGCAGAAAAAGCCAGCCCCGCUGGAAAAUCAAGAUAACGGCAACAGCACUAAGUGGCCCAGCCUCCCAGAGCUCCCUAAAGAGCUUCCCCCUAUCCCCUGCCUGCCUGACCCCUGCCCCAAGGACCCUAGACGUCCCAACCCCCAGGUAGUGAAGAAAGAACUGGAGGAGAUCAGACCUGCGUGGCAGCCAAGAGGACCAUGUGCACCACCCACCCCCGAAGCACUGUUGGUGCCACCGGCCUACAUGGUUGCCUCAUCUAGCAAGGUUUCCGCUGCGACUCCUGUCCCUAAACCCCAGCAAACACCUGAACCCUCCAAACCUUCCCUACCCCAAAAGCCCUCACUGCCUGCCCCAAGUUCAGUGGAGCGUUUACCCACACAUCCACACACCACUGCAGUGCCUUGUGUGCCUCAAAGCUCUGAGUCUUUAGCUUCUUCAAAACCAGACAUGUCGACAGCAGAUAGGAAAUGUUCUCCUGAACUUUUAGGGCCAAAGGUUGGAGUUGAGGAACCCCAAUCCCAGCUUGUAUCAAUCAAGUCUGUAGAGCUCACUAAAACUUGUCCUAAAACCACUACAGAGGCCAUCAAACCCACCGCUGCUACAGCAUCUCCUCCCAGUGCACCCCAGAAGAUCACUGCUUUCCCAAAGGUGCCCGUGGUCACUGCUCCUACCUUGAAUAACCCCAUCGCGUCUGAUGGCAAGUUCUCAAAACUCACUGCCAGUGGUACUAGUGUAGCCAGCGCUACUCAUCCCUCAGACUCUGAGAGUCUAAAAGCAAAACCUGUUGUGCUUGAAAUUAAAGAGAAACCCACUACGGCAAAGAGCCCCACACAGGAGCUGAUUGAGGCCUUCACCAGUGAGAUAGGUAUUGAAGCUGCUGAUCUGACCAGCCUGCUGGAGCAGUUUGAGGAAACCCAAGCCAAAGAGGAGCAAUGUGUGCCGGAGGUCUCUGGUAGAGCAGCAGCUGUAGGAAACUCCAGUGCUGAGUUAGCUCCAGAGAAAACGGUUGUGGAGCGUGUGAGAGCUAAUGACCUUUCGAGUACUGCAGCUCUGACUCCUCCAGCCACUCCUCCCCACCAGAUGUGGAAGCCCCUGGCCCCCGUAGCCCUGCUGGGGAAGAGCAAGGCUGCUGAGGCCUCCAAGUCGAGCCCCUCCAAAGUUAUCCAGAUAGAGGCCCGGCCUCUGCCCUCAGUCAAGUCCCGCAGCAAACCCACUCCUGUUGCUGCCACUGUCGCCCCUGAAGUGGCAUGCAUGGACCAUGACUACUGCCUCCCCAACAAAGGCAGCGGGGAGCCAGGCAAGCGCUGGAAUGUCAAACAACAAUCUUUUAUCACUAUUAAACCCAUCAAGUCCACUGCAACCACUACACAAACACCCCCGUCUGUCCAGUCUACCACAAACGCUGUGUUUACAACCAAAACUCAAGAUAUUCCAAUGACGGAGCCGCUGGAUCACAGGACUGAUGGGAUGGAGAAAAGCUCUGUUCUGGAGACUCCUGAUGCAUCACCUGCUCGACAGGAGACUGAUGGUGCUAUUAAAGAAGGGAGCCCCAGGAAAGGACCUCUUGGGAGGUCCUACCGUCGGCAUGCUGCUUCACGCACUCCCAGCCCCAGACCUAGUCCCAAAGAGAGGACCGGAGGUCGGUCUAGAAAAAGAAGAACCCAUCGUUCUCCCAGCCCCAUGUCCAGUGGUUCAGAGUCAGACUCCCAUUCCUCUAGAUCUAGAUCAAGAUCAUACUCUCCAUCUAAGAAAAGGUAUCGUCCCUGUCACUCUGGGAGCAGUUCCAGCUCUUCAUCCCGUUCCUCCUCUCGGUCCUCACCCUCUGUGUCCCGCUCCCCUCCCAGGAGAAGGAGAAAGUACUCUUAUUCCUCCUCGCGCUCCGGCUCUUGGAGUCGUUCCAGGUCGAGGUCUCAAUCCCCUCACAGUCGAGCAGAUUGGAGCGGAAGCCGGAGAUUGUACAGGCCCAGCUAUGGUUACAGUGCAAAGCCAAGUCUAGAAGAGGUGAAGAGAACCAAGGAGAAAGCAAUCGAGGAGCGACGGGUUGUUUACGUUGGUCGAAUUCGGGGAACGAUGACCCAAAAAGAACUUAGAGAGCGCUUCUCUUUAUUUGGCGAGAUUGAAGACUGCACCCUGCACUUUAGAGACCACGGGGACAACUAUGGGUUUGUGACUUAUUAUGACACCAAGGAUGCUUUCACGGCCAUCGAAAAUGGAAGCAGGCUGCGCAAACCUGAUGAGCUGCCGUUCGAUCUCUGUUUCGGUGGAAGGAGACAGUUCUGCCAGUCCAGCUAUGCUGACCUAGAUUCGAGUAGAGAGUACGAUUCAUUGCCUGCGAAAGGCAAGAUUCAAGCACUAGACUUCGACACUUUAUUAAAGCAGGCCCAGCAGAAUCUGAAGAGGUAACAGGAGGCCUGCAGCAGGAAUCAGCUGACACUUACCUCAGAGCCAAAGGUUGGCUCCUCACCUGCAACACUGUCUUUACAUUUUAGUUGUUGCAUUACUUUUGCAUAAGUUUGAUUGUUUUAUUUUGUUUCUGCAAGCUAACACCUUCUAUUGAAGUGAAGAUUUGUAAUGAAAGUAGUAAAAGGAAAAAAAAUGGAAUAAGUAAAAUAAAUAAUUUUUUAAAAGUUUUAUUUAAAUGUAAAGUCAAAUUUGAAUUGUAUGGAGAGAAUCAUUUUUAAAAGUGGGAGGUAAGUGGACUGAAACUCCCUAAUUAUUGGGAGAGGUUGUAAUACAUUUGAAUGUACUACAAACCUGAAUAAAAACAAAAAGAACCUGAAA